UGUCAGUGGAUUCAACUGAGCGAAGAGGAAUAGUCAGACUCAGGAACAUUGCUUGAAGAUUCUACAGGAAUCCGCGGAUGACACAAUUCAACUUUCCCAGUACGUAAAACGGCUUCACUGCGGUUGUGCUCGCCAUUUUUAUGCCAACACGUGGUCAGAACGGACAUUUUGGACCAAGGGAGGCAGGUCUAUUUUGAAUUCGUGUUCUGGUUCCCUGGAUUUAUUGAUUCAGUGCUGUGGAUAGCUCCUCGUGUGGUGGACCAUAUUGAAGGACGUUUGUAGGAGAAAGCGCAAGACUAUUCGAUCAGGAUAGAAUAGCGGUCACGUGUCAUCAUACGGGUCACUGGACACAACAUGGCGUCGCGGAGUGCAUCUGAUAUUGAGAAAUCGCUUGGAGCAAUCUUGGGGGUAGGGGCAGUUGGUGAAAACAACAUGAUGACGAUUAAACCUUUUCUUUGGAAUCCGUUAUUUAAAAAAUCUAUCUACUGUUGACCACAAAGUUUUUCCUUGCGCUGUCUUUUAGCUUAUUUUUUAGCUGAUUUCUUUUCUUAAAAAUCACAAGAAAACGAGGUUUUCCAAUCAAAAAGUUUUUUCUCUUUCCAAUGAUAACCGUCAAAAUGUUGUUUUCCCGUUUAGUUCCUACCUCUCCGUGGGUAAAAACGCCGGAUGAAACUUCUCGAAGGAACAGUUAGAGCGUUAUUGAAACUGUCGCGGAUGCUCAAAACCUGGAUAGGAACAGAUAUAUGGGAGGUACUGGCUACUGAAGUCGGGAAACAGUUGAUACGGAAGGAUUACCUUAUGUUAAAGAACACGUAAGGACUUGGAUUACACUGUUAAACGUAACUGUCGCGUGUGCUAACAUCUGGUUUAAACGGAAGAAACUUGGAUGUACAUGUAUUUGCGACUGAAUAUUUUUGAAACAUUUAUACGGAAGGAGUACCUGAUAUUAAAAAACAGGUAAAUACUUGGAUCACACUGUUGUACGAGUUGUCGUGUGUGCUAACACCUGCUAGGAACGGAAAUUUUAGAUGUAGGCUUAUUGGCAACUCGAGUUAGAAAACAAUUAUCGGGAAGGAUUAUUUGCCAAAUGGUUGAAAAUACGUUUGUGAGCUAAUUUGGGGGAUUACAGACGCUACCAACGUGCGCACCUUGAUAGUUCGAAAACAGUUGAUACAUGUAUAAGCUCUCACUACCGAAAGACAGUGGGUUAAUCCUAACCUGAUACGUACAAACCUGCCCAAGUAGCGCAAAGCUAAAUGUAAUUAUGGAUCAAUUACUGCUACUAAAUCUGUCUCUAACGUAAGACGGUUACCAGGGUGGCGCUAUAAUGCGAAACGAUUUAUACGGGAAAAUGGGACUAUCAUUACAGGGGAACCGUCAAUUGCCUAGUUUUAAGACGAUAUCAGGAGAGAAUCGAUAUUUUUGAUCUGUGCUUUGAUAACGGAUAUACAGGAUUGAGCAUUGCAAAUGAAAGCUAGGGUUUAAGAAAACGAUAGCGGUUGAACGGAAAUAUUGUGUUUUUUUAUAGGAAAGUCUCUUACGUGUCGAAAAACUGUAUUUUGUAUUUCACUGGCUAUUGAAAGACAAAGUGGACAAAAGGGAAACGAACUGGACAUAUGUUAUAUUAGGCUUCACAUGAGUAGAUACCGCCUCACCUUUGAAAGCUGGAGAUAGAAGGAAAAAACUAUAUUCUUUCUUUGAAGGCAGGUGAAACCUAAGCACAUCUUCCCGGAUAUAAGAAGGGCAUAAAAAGGGUUAUCAAACUACAAGUGAAGACAUAUUGUGUGAACGUUAUUUUCGGCAAACAAAACGUCUUUUUGUAGAUCUUCGAAUUCACUAGCAUUUGUAAAAAACCAGGAGUAUUCUGUUUCUUUUGCAUUCGUGACGCCAGACGAGGCUAAAAAUUGCGAAAUUCAAGCACAUCACUAAGGAAAGCUCGCAAACACACUGCGGAAUUUAGCAUCGACUUUUCGCUAAAACUCUGUCACUGCCCAUGACGCUGCCCCUUGUGUAGUCCUUCCUCGGAAAGAUUGUGAUAUUUCCUGGCUCAGCUGCGCUGGAUUACACUGCUCCUUUCUUAACUCUUCGUACACAUUGUCUAAUCGUUUAGGUCUGAUAUCAGAACUUACAGGACAUGUUCCUUUCCUGUCACAGAGUUGGAGACAACUCUGGAUGAAUCACAACCUCUUCAACUGUUGAACUCGUCGUCCGUUUGCAGUUGAAUCACAAAGGAAGGAGUCUCAAGCAUCAGAUACCUUGAAGGAUCAGACCGUUAGAGUUGCUACGUGUAAAGUAACAGCUAAGAUCUACAGCUAAGAUACAUUUUAUCAAAACUAUAGGUGGAUUCCAGCAGUCAUCAAUGAACAUUCAUUACCACAAGAAACAGAAGACACGCUGUGGUAUUUCCCGUAUCUGAUUUAUCACGCGAGCUGACACUGGGAUAAACGGAGCCAAGUAGCGGAACUAACAGCAUACUCUUUAUAACCAGCUCAGUAGAGGUAGUCAGGCUUACCGGGGACACGCAAGACCAUAUGCGAGUGGAUAAACUGAAUUAUUCGGAAAUAAGGUCUUGAAUGUUAUUAUGGAUUAAUGCAUUUUUAUCCAAUAUUGCAAGACGUUCUAUGUUACAUCAGAAAAUACAUUCCCACACUACGGUUGCUUUCUUAACAUUUUGAACCAUUUGGGUUCCCGGCUGCUCCUAGGAAACCGCGCGGUUGCUAUGCAGCUAAACGGUCGUCUGCUUCCUCUGGCUCUGCUCGACAUUGGUUGCGUUCUCCUGCGAUAUCUUCCAUUGCGUGAAUCAACAACAAAAUUGGAUUAGAUCACGCUCUCAUGGAAAACGGGCAAAUAUCAUAACUCUCGUGGUGAAACCACAUCAAAACGGAUUACCCAACGUCUUUCGAUUUCAUAUUCAGUGCGGGAUCAAACAAGAUUUGACCCAAUUGAUUUAAACUUGAUAUUCAUUGCGGAGUCAGAGAUUUCAUCAAGUAGAUUUAUGCGGACAGUGCAGCGGUGCAUCUUGAUUUGGUUGGCUAAGCCGGACUAUUUCACGGUACAUCUCGGGCGGUGAAUUCUUCAGCGCUGUUGUUUUCGACUAAAACAAGUGAUAAAUUGCCAAGCCAAACCGGGAAUUUUGUUCAAUAUUACCUGUGAUGUAGUGUUCAAAAACUUGCCGCUUUAUAUGAAAAAGAAAAGCGCAGUCUCCUGUGAUUUGAUGAAUAAUAAUCCAACUCGUAUUAUGAUGCAUAUUUAAAUCAGGUGCGCUAAAGUAUUCGGCACAAGACGCGUAUAUUCGUGGUAAACACAAUAAUCACGAGUCGAACGCAUUUCGACAAUCAAACUCUAGGCAAUCGCUUAUGCACCUUGUAUUGCACUGCGAACGACUGCUGGGACCUACAAGAGUUCACAACUAUAAGUUAUAGCCAACGGAUUGUAGAGGCCUACACGAGUGCGAAACUUUACCUCACAGCACUGAGUUUAUACAAGGAACGGAUUGUAGGGCCUACAAGAGUGCGAAGCUAUACGUCACAGAGACGAUAUCAUUCUAAUUGAGAGUGACAGAAUCACCAAGUGAAAACAAUUGCUAAAUAUUUAACGAUGAUAGCCGAACUAUUUAGAUAUCAAUCGGUCGGUCAUUGCUAAGUUAUUACAACCCUAAUUGUAUAGCUAGGUCCUUAAUCCGGGAAUAUUAUUACUCGGCGCGACUUCCCACAUACACUAUCGCUGGAGGAGGAUUGUUAGCCAAAUACUAUCAAAUAUUCGUGCGGUCGAUUGGGAGUUUUCUUUCGGAAUAGUUGAGUGCUUUUCGUGAUGUUGGCAGUUUAGUCCUGCCUUCUAAUGAAAGGAUAUAACAAGACAUAUACCUUUUGCUACACUGUUUCUGUACAGUAGUAGGCUGACGAGUUUGGAGUUAAGUCCUGAUUGUGAAUAGGCUAUACCUGGACCUCUCUGGAAUAUCGAACGUAAGCUACCUUGAUAAUUCAUCGUUUUAUGUAUAUUUAUGUGUAUCUUUAAUAGAACUUUGCAUAUAUUGUCGAAAUUCUUGAAUGGGAUUUGAAGCAAAAUUCCAAAGUUCGUCGGAGUUUCACCUCAUUUGACCUUGACCUACGUCGGAUUACAGUUUUCAGGCAUUGAUCUCAAAUUGGUGUAGUGCAACUUGUUACGGGUUCGAAACCCUCUGUGAUAAAAUACGGGGUAGCUCAAUUUAAAAUUCAAAGGAUUAUAGUAUGUCGCGAAUCCAAACCAAAUAGUGGAGAAAACGUCAUAAAUUAUGGAUAAAAUUCGAGGGUUCAUCAGCCGCCUUCAAAAGAAAGAUGGCGCCGAACAGGACGAUAAAUCGACGCACGCGCCGUCUAUCGGGGAUGAGGAGUACCCGAUGGAGACGCGGCGUCUGUGCGAAGGCGAGAACGGACGGACAAAUGGGAAAACUAAUGGGAAACCGUUGCCACGGACUGCCUCUGGGACUAUUAAUAGACGGAGUAAGCUAGAGUUCAUAAAGGUCAAAUGGAUUUAUCUAUUUCGAGGAAAGGUCAUAGCGCUAGUAUGUGGAAUAAUUACCGUCCUGUUAACCAUCGUCUCUAUCGCCAGCACGGAAUGGCUCUCAGCCGAGGGCUACCGAGAGGGCCUCUGGCAGGAAUGCCUCUGGGACGACCCCGAGAAAAUAGAGUGUAGGAAAAACCCGCAAAAAGCGUGGAUACAAGCUUGUGGCGCGUUUGCCGUCAUCGCCCUCCUAUUGGCCUUUGGCGGAACCAUUAUGACAGGAGUUGGCCUCUUCACCAAGAAACACCAAUACAAAUUCAAACUGUACAGAGUCGCUAUGUUUAUUAUGUUCUUUGCGGUGCUUUCCAUGAUCAUCUGCCUGGUUGUCUUCCCCAUUAUGUUCCUAAACGAGAUCCAACAACGCGGGAAGAAAUCAUGGCUCUUCGCCUGGGCCUACGGCAUGGCGUGGGGAGCAACCAUUUUCUGUUUCGGUGCUGCAAUUCUAUUACUGCUAGAUAAGGAGAGCGAGGAGAUUUAUUACAAAGAGAAAAUUAACUAUCCCUCCUCCGAGUCAACGACGUAAGAACGUGGGGUGGAUGCGGCACCGCGCAUGCGUCAAAUUAGUUGUUUGGUUUCAUGAGAUAGCCUUGUCCACAAUGGUUCGGAAAGUCGCCUGUAGAUGUCCUUGUCAUUUUUUAUGUUCUAAAUCGCAAAUUACUGCAAGUGCAAUUUCAAUGUUGUUGCAAGUCAGGAGAUUAAAAGGCAGUAUUAUGACUCAGGUGACAGUACAUGCACGAUUGUAAGAACAUUUGCUUGGUUCCACUUCCGCGGAAAACAAUGGCAUGGGAAGGUGCUUGUUGCUGGGAUAGCUGUGAUCUGAACUGACAAAAUUAGUCAAGGGAACAUGCACCCAUUGAUGCUGUGUUCAGCGGAAGCGGAACCAAACCGAUGUUCUUGAAAACAAUGCGUAAGCUGGCACGUGUAUCGUACAGUGCAAAAACAGCUUUCUGUGUGCAUCUGAGUGAAGCUAAAUCGGUUUUGCUGAGAACUAAUUUACUGGCCGUGACAUUUCAUUUAGUAUUCCUUUCCUGGCAAGCACUGCAACAAUUUUGAACGGCCUUGCAUACCUGUAAGAACAAUGUGGACAGGGCCGAUAGGUUGACCUCGAUCGGUCCUUGGAAGAUUCUUCAUUAGAAUAGUGUAAAAUUCAUACAAAAGGAAAGGUGAGGAUAGCAUCAGCUAUGAUGGGACGAGGUUGGAUAGCAUUAUGAUGGGACGAGGUUAGUAUCAUCUGUGGAACAGGAAAGGACACUCUGUGCCUAGGAACGAACGUUAAACAGUGUAUAUGACGUCAAGUGCCGCCAUAUUGGACGAGCACACGUGACAAUGGACGGCAAAAUGAUAGUGUCACGUCAGUGCAACGUCACUCACGCCGACCCUAUUCUUUGUGUCAUUUUGUAUAUGCCACACAGAGCACAGUGUUGUUAAACAGACGUGAUGUCAACAUGUUGCUGUCAAUUAUCACGUGCUUGUAGUCCAAUAUGGCAGUGAUGACGUCAUUUUCACGUCAUGUAUUGGAGGACAUUUUUGUUAUUUUUCGUACUAUGUAUAUACAUUAUGAUCAUUGGCAAAGUGAAUGGAAUAUUGUACAAAAAAAAAUCAUCAGACAUAGUACCAUGAAAUGGAUCGUCUCUAGAAUUUAAUUGAGUAGUGAGAUUGUGAAUUUCAUUAGUUAGUUAGUUACCAAGACGGCGUUCCUUAGCAGCCAAAUAUAUAUUGUCAACAAGGUCUAUUUAUCUAAAAAGACUACGCCGUUCUUUCUUGCAUUUUCUUGUGGCUAAGGUGGCAUUGCCGUAGUGUAAUUUUGUAUCAGAGAAACUAGAGUAAUUUGAAUUAUGUGCAGUGUCCCCAUGAUCACUUGCGAAUAUGCCGCCAGUAAUAAUGAUGCGACACGUUUGUUUAAUGAACAUUGGCUAAUGUGAAGACUUGUGCAGCCUUGACCUGUUCACUUAAGUGACAGAGGUCACUACCACAGGCAAAAGCCUCCGUCCACGGAUAGUUGACGGCCCAUGGACGUUCCAUCCACGGGAGGUCAAUCCAUGGAUAGCUGAUUGAGAUUCUCCAUCAACUCUCCAUCGAUGGCCAAUGGUUGGAACGUUCAUGAUUAAUCCCCAUCAACUAUCCGUGGACGAAGCCUGACAUUUGCCUGUGUAAUCUGAUGGCUCCUUUCAGAAAGAACAUGUAUUUUGAAUGGGUCUUUUUCAACAUUGAUUAUGCCAGACAGAAUCUGCCCACAGAUCAGUGGUGCGACCAAAGCAUCGCACCUCUGCAGAAGACCUAAUUUGCAUUAUUUUAACCAACCCUGUGACCCAAUUUAUUCUCUCGCAAUCUGAUUGGUUCUCUCAAACGUCAAUAUUUCAUCAUGUGCGAGGGACAGAAAUAUUUCAAUGAAGGCAAAAUAGUGCCGACAUUUUGCAGAUUGAAUCAUCAUAUCACAAACAUAAUUGCAUGAAUAUGCAUUUGAAAUAUCACAAUAUACACAUGUAUACAGUAGCAAUAUUUUGGAUACUUCAUAUUUUCUUCAUGUUGGGUAUUUAGUGAAGCAGUAAAUAAACAGCUUCGGGAAACGGCUUCACGUCACGUGAGAUGUUUCGGCCAAUCAAUCACUAGGGCAAAUAGCCAUCUGCCUGCAACACGUCUGCGCACUUCGUACAGCCGACUGGUUGUCGCGAUCACAUCCAUAUAUGAAUCAGGAUUGACAAGAAAAGGUUGUCGAAUGCAAAUCUUAUCGCUACUAGUUUUCAUUUCAAAAAAACCGAUUAGAAAAUACUGCGUUUUGAAAACUAUUCUGCAUAACAUUUAAGACCAUUUGUUACACCCUGUAUAUGCUUAUAUCAUGUUCAUAUGUUGUUUAUCAAGGAGUUUUUGCUGGUGACUGGUAUUUUUUCUCCAAAGAGCACGCCAUCUUUUAUGCUGGCGUGCAGAUCUUAAGUGGUGAGGUUUCGCAGGCCGACGUUUUGUUCGUCAGAACAGGCUGGUUUCACUACUACAAUGUACUGUAAAUAAUUAUGUCAUGUGCGUUGUGAGGGUCUGAUCAGUAAUUUCUUUUGUCAUCGUUCCUCCAGGCGGCGUGCCAAUUUCAUUAUUAAAAAAUAUUCAAAAUAAGUGAUUCAAAUUUGUCAGUUGUAAUGACGUGACAAUAGUGCAUGAUGAAGAAUUUACAAUUUUGAAAACGUAAACGUAAUCAUAACGCUUAAGAUGCAAAACCUGACCAAUUACGACGAGGUGUCCCCUUAGAAAGCACUGGCAUCACCCUUGAGAAUCAACACCACAUUUCCCGAUGCCUUGCCUCAGUUUGGCUCGGAUCAACUUGGAUUUCCUGGAAAUGUCAUACCUGUAUCUAAGGUCAUCUCCCUAACUCGCCGAAAAUGCUAACAUUUUGGCUCAAAAUCUCGAAUACUUUAGUAAAUGGCUCUUAAAUACUUACAAUUGUUGAUCUGAUAAAGAAAUCCGGGAACCCUACCUCGAUCCUAGCCAAGCCUAUGAAUGCCCUCGAUCCUAGCCAAGCCUAUGAAUGCCCUCGAGAAAUGUGGUGCUGCUUCGGCAGGGCAAGUCGGUUUCCUGCUUUUAGCGUCCUUGGGCUCUUAGUGUACUGUGAGUUAAAAGGUGCAUGCUUUGUCACCCCAAUCCACAUAUCCGUGUAUUUUUUAUCAAUAAAUGAUAUUAUAAGUCAGCUUAA